UUGAAAAUUUUUUUUAAAUAAUAAACAAGAAUCAAUUUUUAUUUUAAAAAAUUAAAAGUUACAAAAUAUGGAAUUAAAAAUUUGUAAAGUUUUAAUUUUUAUAUUAGCAAUUAAUUAUGCAAUAGGAAAAGAAUUCGAAUUUGACAAUUCAAUAACAAUACAAAAUAAUAAUAAUAAUAACCGUGUAAAACGUGUUGUUAAUGGACGUAGAUCUAAAGAAGCACAUCAUCCUUAUCAAGUUGCAAUAUUUGUUGAUGGUGAUGUAUUUUUGUGUUCUGGUGUAAUUAUAAAAUCAAAUUGGAUUUUAACAGCUGCACAUUGUGUAUAUGAAGAAGAUAUAACAACAAUGGUUAUAAGAGCUGGUAGUAAUCAUAGAUCAAAAGGUGGUGUUAUAUCAUUAAUUGAUGAUGCUUAUUAUCAUGAAGAAUAUGAUCCAGAUACAUACGAUUAUGAUAUUGCAUUAUUGAGGAGUACAGUUGAUUUUAGUAAAUAUUUUAAUAGUAAAAUAUAUCAUAUUAAACCGAUUGAAAUAGCAAAUAAAUCACCAUUAACAUAUGGUUAUGGUAUUGUUUCUGGUUGGGGUCGUACAAAAGAAGGUAAAGAAGGUGGUGUUCAAAAAUUAAAAUAUGCUUUACUAAAAAUAUUUCCACAAAAUUUAUGUAAAAAAUUAAAUGAUGGUAUAACAAAUCGUAUGUUUUGUGCUGGCGAUUUAGAUGGUAAAACUGAUGCAUGUCAAGGUGAUUCUGGUGGACCAUUAGUUAGUUAUGGUCAAUUAAUUGGUAUUGUAUCAUGGGGUGAAGGUUGCGCUAGAGAAAAUUUACCAAGUGUUUACACAAAUUUAUAUAAAUUAAGAGAUUGGAUUGAUUAUAUAUUCGAAGAAUAUGAUGAUGAUUAUCCUGUUAAUAAUAAAAAUAACAAUAAUUUUAAUAGAGAUAUUGAGAAUAAAAGAACAAAAACAACAAGUGAAAAUGAAAUAGAUGAUUUAAAUAGUAUUAGUAACAAUAACGAAUUUGAAUCUGAGGUUAAUGAAAGUGAAAUAGAAGAUCUUAUAAAGAAUAAAAUUAGUACCAGUAGAAAAAUUAACAAUGAUGAUGAGAAUGAGACAAACGAUGUUGAAAAAUUAAGAAUGUUAAAAACUUUAUUAGAUUUUCUAUUUUAAAUUUAAAUUUAAUGUAAAAAGAUAAUUUAAGAAAUUUUUAUUUAUUUUUUAGUUGUUUAAAAUGAUUUUUAUUUUGUUCUUGUUAUUUUUUAAAUAGGAAUAUGUUAAAUGAUUCUUGUUCAAUUAUAAUAUAAAUUUAUUAGUCAAAUAAUAUAAUGUUGUAAAUUAAUUUUAUUAAAACUCGAAUAUUGUA